CCUCGUGGUACAAGCGAUUCAUCAUCAGCGUUUCGCGUAUUCACCACAUGAGUCGUUAUCUCGCGACAAUACUUGCAUUCAUGCACCAUCAAUUUCUUCACGCAGGCCAUACCACCUCACCACCACAUUCCAUCCCCCCAUCUCUCGUACCCCUCUCCAAAACGUUCUCAAGCAACUUCUUGCACAAUUUGAUUCGGAUAGAUGCACUAGAUGA